AUGAGAAAAGAUGGUCGAGCACAAACAGCAGCUGUGCAAGUUGCCCUUCGUAUACGCCCGUUGACGGAACGAGAUCGUGCCCAGCCUCGGUUUGCAAGUCUAUCAGAGAAUGAUGUGCUCCGUGCACAGGAUGGAUCAGUCCAUAUUGUGUCGCAGAACAAGAUGUUCCACUUUGAUCAAGUCUUCAAGCCAUCCUGCACCCAAAGUGAGAUCUUUGCUACGGUGGGCGAGAAGCUUGUACGCAAAUUUGUCGAUGGAUACAAUGUCACUAUUCUCGCUUAUGGUCAAACGUCAUCUGGCAAGACAUAUACAAUGGGAACAGCACAACAUCAUGGAUCGUACGACAUGGAACACGAGGGCAUUGUGCCACGAGCCGUAUCACUCUUAUUUGAUAUCCUUCAACAAAAUGAUACUCGUUCACCAUCACCCACUUCAUCAUGCUCUUCAGCUUCAAGACCCCAAAGUCGUAUGCGUCCACCAGGUGGCUCAAGAUUAAUGAUGGCCCCUUCAUCCAUUCAACAGCGUCAACAAAGCAAAUUUCGCUAUACAGUCAAAGUCUCCUUUAUUGAGAUUUACAAUGAAGAGCUCGUGGAUUUACUCAACCCGGCACCUCCCAAUGAACGACCUCCCAUCACGAUUCGCGAAGAUACCAAGGGACAUAUUUAUUGGGCUGGAUUGAGAGAAAUGACCGUACACAGUGCAGAUGAUGUCUUAUCCUACCUCGAACAAGGCACCCAGAAUAGAGCUACGGGUUCAACGGAUAUGAAUGAAAAGUCAUCUCGUUCGCACGCUAUCCUAUCAGUCACCUUGCGACAAGAACGUUGGGCAGAUAAAAAUGGCGGUGGCAACAGUCGUCCUGUAAGUCCGUCGCCUAGUCUACGAGGGAAACGAGGUGGUACCAGCAACAGCAAAGCGAGUGGUGAUGGUGAUGGUGAAUGGAUUAUUACUACCUCCAAGUUCCAUUUUGUCGAUUUGGCUGGCAGCGAACGUCUCAAACGUACAGCUGCUGAAGGUGAUCGACGUAAAGAAGGCAUCAAUAUCAAUGGUGGUCUAUUAGCACUCGGCAACGUCAUUUCAGUUCUUGGUGAUCCUGGAAAACGAAAUCAGCAUGUUCCUUAUCGUGACUCAAAGUUGACACGUCUAUUACAAGAUUCGCUAGGUGGUAACGCAACAACAUUGAUGAUUGCUUGUGUCAGUCCAGCCGAAUACAAUUUACCCGAGACGCUCAACACCUUACAAUAUGCAAGUCGUGCUCGAAAUAUCAAGAACAAGGUUGAAAAGAAUGAAGUUGAGGAGUGGAUGACAACCGACAAUAUCGAACUUUUGCGUACCAUGGUCAGCAAUCUCAAAAACGAGCUCAAAGCGGGAGGUGGUAGCGGUGCUACAUCCAAGUUAUCAUCACCAGCAGCGGCAUCACCUGUGCCUGGUGGCAAUGGUGUUCCUGAAUUAUUGGCAACGGAUGAUUUUGAUCAAGUAUACCAGGAGCAGAGGAUGGUUAUUGCUGACUUGCAGCGACAAGUGGAGGAAUUGGAUGGCGAGGCAUCUGUUACUCGAGAACGCAAUCGCAUGGUCGAAGAGGAACUUAAACGAUUACGACAACGAGGAUCACAAGAAGUGGAUGAUGCCAAAUUUCAGCAAAUUGUGGAACCAGUGAUUGAAGAAUAUGAGAAAACACUAUCAAGCUUGGAGUCACGACAUGCAAUGGAUCGUGCAGCUAUCACUCAUGCGGAUGUGCAAAUUGAAGAGCAACAACGCAAGAUUGAGCAAUGUGAAAUUGUUAUGGAGGAUCAGGAACACCUUAUCAAUGAACAGCAGCUCACUAUUCAACGACUCAAGAAGCGUGAAGAGGCCAAUGAAGCUCAUAUUCGUGAACUUGAACAACGCAUGGCACAAUCCGAUGCCGAACGUGCCAAUGAUGAAGACGUGUUGAGCGACUUGCGUACCAAGGUGAUGCGAUUCCAAGAGAUGGAUGAGACUACGGAGCGACAUAUUCAAGAAUUGGAACGACAGCUUGCUGAAGCCAAUGAGGCACGCAUGGACAUGCGUAAAGAGUUGCGCCAAGUCAAGGCUCAAAAGCAGCAAGUAGAAUUAGAAUUGGAUGAUCUCAACAAGCGAUACGAUGCUCUCGAACACAAGUUGUCAGCUAUGAUGGAAGAUGUGGAUAAGACCAAAUCGGGUGGUUCUUCACGAUCCAGCAAUAGCGGUGAUGAUCAAUCAACGACCACAACCCUUGCAGGCUCAUCCAUUUCAGAUGAUACAGCUGUUGGGGGAUCAAAGAGCUUAUCUCCCGAAGAUCGCAAAGCAUUGAUUCAACAAAUUUCACGAUUGCAGCAAAACGUGUUUGCUUUACAAACUCAAUCUGAGGAACGUGAAGCGAAUGCAAACGCACGGAUACAACGAUUGCAAGAGGAAUUGGAUGAAGCACUCACUGAUAAAGAUAUGGCUAUGCAAGAAUUGAGUCAAUUUCGUCAACAAAUGGCAAAGCAAGGUCAAUAUGAAGAAGCUGUGGAGCGUCUUGCUAUUUCCAAUAGCCAUGAUCAUCCUCCAGCUCCAUCCUCACCCACGCAUACCACCAAUACAACAUCCUCCACAACCAGCAAUAUGGAUAUGACAGGCAAAUACAUCAUGUUACACGAUCAAUACUCGGCACAAUCGGAGCGAUUGGAUGUGGCCAUUGAAAAGAUUGGUGCGUUACAAGCAUCCAAUUCGGUUGUUUCUCGAAAGCAUGCUGUAUUGAUGCGUCGUGUUUCUGAUUUGGAUCGUCAAUUGGCGAAGCAAAAGCAACGCGUGGAAGAUGAGAUGAUCAAGUUUGAGGUUGAUUUUGAUACACACUUUCAACAAAAGAAUUCCGACAUGGUGGCAGCUGUAUUGGGUAAAGCCGAGCACGACUUGGAAUCUUUCAAUGCUACUAUCAGCAAGCUCGAAGCCAAGUUGCAGAAAACCGAAAUGGCAUUGGCAGGCAAUUCGUAUGAACGUGAUAUGGAAGAGUUGAUGCACAAGAUGGAUGCGAUGAUUAUCCAACCCGAAAACAUCAUGCAACAACAGCAACAAAUGUUGGAGGAAGAUCGUGCCUUGAUGGAUGAAUACAACAAGGUGUGCUCAUCAUGA